UGUAAUUAAAUACUCUAUUGCAAGUAUGACACGUAAGGUUAGGAAUUAUUAAAAAUAUGUGAUAAACCAACUCAUUUAAGAUGUUUACAAUGUUAACAAUACCAGAGCUAUGCAGAAUGAUAUGUUGAAUCUCAUUUUUUGAUAUUUUAGUUACACGCAUAAGAGAAACCCAGCAGAGAUCAUGGGAUUGUGCAAAGUACCGCGAUGAAAUAUGUGUACAGAUUUAUUUUCUUAUGCGUCGGAUUCGCUGGCCUAGUAUUACUCCUGAAUUUUACAACAAACUUGCCAAAUAAAGUUUACGAUGUGCGGAGUAAGUCAGCAGAUUUGUAUCCGACGUCAGGAAGGAUUCUCUCCAGGUUGACCAAGGACCCGGAGGUGGUAAUAUGUGUAGUAGCCUGUGGUGACAGAUUAGAGGAAUCGCUGACAAUGCUUAAGUCUGCGCUGGUCUUCGCACGAAGAGAGCUGCGUUUCAUUAUAAUUGCCGAUGACAAUUUAAUACCAGUAUUUGUAAAACAAUUGUCAGAAUGGAAGCAGGUGACGAAUAAGACAUUCAGUUUUACCGUGAAGCCUGUGAUGUUCCCUGAUCGAAACAAUGCUGCGAUGUGGAGAAAAUUAUUUAAGCCUUGUGCUGCACAGAGAUUAUUUCUGCCAACUGUAUUAAACGAUACGGAUUCAGUUUUGUACAUGGAUACCGAUACUUUAUUCUUAGCUCCUCCAGAAAUUAUCUGGGAUGAAUUCAAAAAGAUGAACUCCAGUCAACUGGCAGCUUUGAGCCCAGAGCACGAAGAUCCUCAUACUGGGUGGUAUAAUCGAUUUGCAAGGCACCCCUACUAUGGCAAAUUGGGUGUUAAUUCAGGCGUCAUGUUGAUGAAUCUAACCAGAAUGAGGGAAUUCAGGUGGACGGAUUACGUCGUCCCUAUUCACAAGGAAUAUCGCCUGAAAAUCACGUGGGGAGAUCAGGAUAUCAUUAACAUAAUAUUUCACUACCAUCCUGAGAAGCUCUACAUCUAUCCCUGCAGAUAUAAUUAUAGACCCGAUCAUUGUAUGUAUAUGUCAGUUUGUACAGAAGCGGAAAAGGAUGGCGCUUUGGUUCUCCAUGGAUCUAGAGGCACGUUUCAUUCUCAGAAACAGCCUCCAUUCAAAGCAAUAUAUCAAGCCAUGAAUGAAUAUCGAUUGGAUACAGAUCCUUUCGAAAACUUAUUAGUGCCAAUGAGGAACUAUUUGUCCUCGGAGGACAAAUUAAACUGUGGUAAAGUAUCAAAGGUGUUUAUCAUUCAGCCUGAGAAACACUUAAGUCGGACUAUUUAGUCCCUCGAUUCGUUGAAGUCAAAUUUUGUAAAUGAAGCACAUGCGAUAUUUGGAGGUGCAAUGACUCUAACAUAAAGCUUCAUUCUUGAAGGACGUUUUCUACAAUAUGUCGAAUAUUAUCAUCACGCUGGUAUAAUAUUCCUGUUCAAGUUGAAAAUCGCAAAGUAAAUGUAAAAAUACGUUAGAAAAUUUGUUAACUAUAUCGAGUUGCACUUUGCAUAUCAAGGUGAUCACGAGAAGAAAUUCAUUUGUUAACAUGUAAGUAUUUUUGUAACUCAACCCGAUUUACUUCAAUGUCAAAAACUGAAAACUGUUAGUGCUUUAUGUUAACAAUAUAUCUUUUUCUUAAAUACUUACGUAGAAAUUGUUCAUAUUUUCCAUUCCACAAUUUGAUUCAAUUUCUAGACUACUCAGGAUAAAUUCUACAUAAUUUAAAUUAACAAUAAUAUUCAAUAAAUAUUCUGCAUCAUA